GAUUCGAAGUCUAGGUCGUUUGUAUUGAAGCAAGCUUCUUAAGAAGAUUUCGAGGAUGAAAAGUGAGAGAGAAGAAGUCAAGAACGGUGGUGUCGUGGACGAAGAAGACAGAGAGCUGAAGCGGAAGAGAGUAAUAGAUGAGCUCGAAGACGACGAAGAUGACGCCUUUAAGAGCCCUGGAAAGCAUUCACGCAACGUCGAAGUUCGUCGUGAUUGCCCUUAUCUUGAUACAGUCAACCGUCAGGUUUUGGAUUUUGAUUUCGAGAGGUUCUGUUCUGUCUCCCUUUCGAAUCUGAAUGUGUAUGCAUGUCUUGUCUGUGGGAAGUAUUUCCAAGGGAGAAGUCAGAAGUCUCAUGCUUAUACACAUAGCUUGGAAGCAGGGCACCAUGUUUACAUCAAUCUUCUGACUGAGAAAGUGUAUUGUUUGCCUGAUAGUUAUGAGAUUAAUGACCCUUCUUUGGAUGAUAUUAGACAUGUUUUGAAUCCAAGGUUUAGUAGGGCACAAGUGGAGGAGCUUGAUAGGAAUAAGCAGUGGUCUAGGGCUCUUGAUGGGUCUGACUAUCUUCCAGGAAUGGUGGGGUUGAACAACAUACAAAAGACGGAGUUUGUGAAUGUCACAAUCCAAUCGUUGAUGAGAGUUACUCCUUUAAGGAACUUUUUCCUUAUUCCUGAAAAUUAUAAGCAUUGCAAGUCUCCUCUUGUUCACCGCUUUGGGGAACUCACUCGAAAGAUUUGGCAUGCUCGGAACUUUAAAGGACAGGUGAGUCCACAUGAAUUCUUGCAAGCUGUAAUGAAAGCCAGCAAGAAACGAUUCAGGAUAGGCCAACAAUCAGAUCCAGUGGAGUUUAUGUCGUGGCUACUCAACACUUUGCACAUGGAUCUUAGAACUUCAAAGAACGCUAGCAGUAUCAUCCAUCAGUGCUUUCAGGGUGAGUUGGAGGUUGUGAGAGAGUAUCAAGGCAAUGAAAACAAAGAAAUCUCCAGGAUGCCUUUUCUGAUGCUUGGGCUAGAUUUGCCACCGCCUCCUCUUUUCAAAGAUGUCAUGGAGAAGAACAUUAUUCCCCAGGUUGCUCUAUUCGAUUUAUUGAAGAAGUUUGAUGGAGAAACUGUGACAGAGGUGGUUCGCCCUAAGCUAGCUAGAAUGAGAUAUCGAGUAACAAAAUCUCCUCCUUACUUGAUGUUCCAUAUGGUUCGGUUUAAGAAGAACAACUUUUUCAAGGAGAAGAAUCCUACCUUGGUAAACUUCCCAGUGAAGGACAUGGAGCUGAGGGAUUAUAUACCAUCACUGCCUACUGUUGCAGAAGGCGAGAAGGUUUCCACGAAGUAUAAUCUAAUUGCUAACAUUGUACAUGAUGGGAAGCCUGAGGAUGGGUACUUCAGAGUCUUUGUGCAGCGCAAGUCACAGGAACUAUGGUACGAGAUGCAGGAUUUGCAUGUUGCAGAAACACUUCCCCAAAUGGUUGAACUAUCAGAAGCAUACAUGCAGAUAUAUGAGCUGCAGGAGGAAUAGAGCAGCAGUAAACUAAACUUACUCAUUGCGUGUUAGUUUCCAGGUUUUUUCUUGUAUUGAGGAGAGUGAGAUUAGAUACUUUACUCGGAACUUUUUAGAGAUAAUCUUGAUCCACUUAAACAUGCUAGAGAAAACGUGUAGUGACUAUGGAUAUGAGUUUUGGCCCUUUUGUGAACAACUUUAUGCAGCAUUUGAGAUUUUAAACAGUUCAGUAUGUCAAAUGUCAGAAAUCCCACUUCUUUCUAAGGUAUUGU